AUGGCUACACGUCAACAACGUCAGUUCGAUCCGUCGCGGGCCGCCCACCGGGUGGCCAUCAUCGGCACCGGCGCCUACGCCCAGGCCCUCGGGGCGCGCUUCGCCGCAGUCGGCGUCGAGGUGGUCUAUGGCAGCCGAAGCGCAGAACGUGAGGCCGGCGAGAAAGGCGGAGCGCUUCAACAGCAGCAACAGUGUCCGAUGAUGCUCCAGGGCUGUCCGGUACGGGGUCCGUGCGCGGCGGUGAGCGGAGCCGACGUGGUGGUGCUGGCUAUCCCCCUCGGCGCCCACUCGGCCAUGGCCGCCUGCAUCCAGCGGGUCAUCGCCGGGCGCGGCGUCGUACUGAUCGACGUCAGCAACAGCCCGCUCGACUCCACUUCACCCGCGUCGUGGCUCCCGUCGUGCUUGAAGAGGCCGAAGAGCGUCACCUCGCCCUCGCCCUCGACCACGACGAAGGCCAAGGCCCAUCACGUCAUGCCGGAGGGCUACGCCGCGCUGCCGAGCCACUCGAGUGAGACCGCAUCACGGCUCGAGGGCCACCAGCAUCUGCAGUGCGACGGCUGCCUGAACGGGUGCCACGCGUCGUCAUCGUCGUCGGCCACGCCGGUCGACAUCGAAGACCUCGUCACGGCCGAUUCGCCGCGCCACUACACCCGCUCGCCCGCGCGGCCUCGUCGAGACAUCGAAACCGGCGACGACGAAGAUGAAGAUGAAGAUGGAGAUGACGAGGCGGAAGAAGAGGAGGAGGACUACGCCGAGCUGUCGAACGCGGAGCGGCUGCAGCGGCUGAUGCCCGACGUCGACGUGGUGAAGGCCUUCAACACGGUGUCGGCCUACACGCUCAAGUCCGGGAUCGGCGCGCGGCUCGACGACCGCGUGCUCGUGUGCGGCGACCGCCCGGCGGCGAAGGAGCUCGUCUCGCGCCUGGUGCACGCCAUCGGCAUGCGGCCCGUCGACGCCGGCCCGCUGGCUGCUGCGCGCGAUAUCGAGCGGCGGCCGCUGCAGCUCUUCGAGGAGUGGCGCACCGCGUUCUGGGUGAGCGUCGCGCUGCUCGUGGCGGCCUACGCGUUCGUGGCCGUGCGCGACGUGUGGCUCGCCGCCGGGCCGGGCCAAGAGCCCCGGUGGGGCGACUUGCUGCUGCUCAAGUUCAACGUCGUCAUCGCGUGGCACGCGCUGGCGCUGCUCACGCUCACCUUCGGCGCCGGCGUCGUGGCCGCCCUGCGCCAGCUGGCCACCGGGACGAUGAAGCGCGCCUUCCCGCACUGGCUUGACGCGUGGCUCCGCGCUCGCAAGGCCCUGGGUCUGCUCGGCGUAGGCUCGGCCGCGCUCCACGCCGUCGCCGCGCUGCUGACCAACUCGCUCUUCAUCGACUGGCCCUACAUCGUGUCGCGCGAAGGCACUGAGUUCCAGGGCUCGAUGCUGGCCGCGAUCCUGGCCGGCGGCGUCUACGCCGCGCUCGCGCUCACCUCGCUGCCGUCGGUCGCCGCGAGCCUGUCGUGGCGCGAGUGGGACUUCAUGCAGUCGAAGCUGGGCCACGUCGGCCUCGCGCUGGCCUCGAUCCACGUCCUUCUGAUGAGCUUCGCCCUGGGCGACCUCCCUGCCGUCGCGCUCUGGGCCGACCGCCACUGGCUGCCUCCCGUCUCAGUGCUCGCCGUCGCCCCGGCGCUGCUGGUCCUGGUCGUGCGACUCCUGAUCGUGCUCCCGCCGCUGUCCGGCCGCCUGGCGCGCAUCCGCGGCAUCGCCCCUCCCGCCGCCGCUGCCACCACCACACGACCGCAGCGAAAGAAGCGAGGAGGUGCCGGGGAGAGCGAGGGGGUGGAGGGGAGUGGGGCUUUACAUCACCAGCAGGUCGCUUCCGCCGCCAUACGGAUCAACUAA